AUGGAUGAUCUGGCCUUGUUGGACCUGCUGGAAUGCCCUGUCUGCUUUGAAAGGCUGGAUGCCACUGCCAAGGUAUUGCCAUGCCAGCAUACUUUCUGCAAGCCCUGUCUCCACAGGAUAUUCAACUCCAGGAAAGAACUCCGGUGCCCAGAAUGCAGGACUCCAGUUACAUGUAGCAUUGAAGAACUGCCAGUUAACUUGCUGCUGGUUCGCCUGCUGGAUGGCAUUAAGUAUGGGCAAAGCAAUGGAAGGGUCAUUCCUCCUCAAACGGCUCAGGAUCCUGCAAAUCAGGACCAGGGAAAAAGAAGCACAGACCCAGUGAAUUUGCACACCAGUCUGGUGAACACACUUCCUGGUGUCAGGAGCCCGACAGAUAAGGUGCCAUGUGCAAGAGCUUUGUACACGUAUGGAGGCCAGAAGCCAGGAGACCUGAGCUUCAAAAAAGGUGAUGUCAUCCUCCUGCGCCGGCAAGUGGAUGAGAAUUGGUAUUAUGGAGAAAUUAAUGGAGUGUGUGGGAUCUUCCCUCUCAAUUUUGUUCAAGUUAUCCAUCAUUUACCUCAGCCCCCACCUCUCUGCAAAGCUCUUUAUGACUUCACUCUCAAAGAGAAAGAAGAGGAAGUCAACAAGGAUCUCCUGCCAUUCCUCAAGAAUGAUAUUUUAAAAGUGAUCCGGAGAGUUGAUGAAAAUUGGGCAGAGGGCAAGCUAGGAGAAAAAGUAGGAAUAUUCCCAAUUUCAUUUGUUGAGAUGAACUCAACAGCAAAACAGUUACUGGCAACAAGAAAACCAGAUGUGAAAAGUGUCAAAUGCCAAAGCAGUCCAUCAGCUGCCAAUUCCAACACAACCAUCAGACACACUGAGACUGGGAGGACGGGUCCUAAAGAGAAUCGUUGCCACACAAGUGCCAUAAAUAUGCUCAACAGAAUCUCCCACAUGUCACCAUCCCACCAGCCGCUGCAGAUUAGUUCACCUGUACUGAUUAGCUCGAGUAACCCAGCAGUCGUGGCACAGAUUGCAGAAAGAAGGACUCCAUGCAGUCCCAUCGCCCAGACGCAGCAUGGCCCUUUUGAAAUUGGUGUGGCUGCCCCAGGUACCAGUGAUACCAGUUCCCAGUAUCACUCUGAAAUGGUAUAUUUAAAGCCACAGGUACCCACGAAAGGAGCUAAGUUAGAGAUGAGACUCUUUGAGUCUGCCAUCAUCAAACCCUACAAGUCUUCCAUCCUCUGUCAAUCUCAGAGGGAAUCUAGAAUCCUUUAUUUCCAAUGUAGGCAACAACAGAUACCUCCAAUGGUCAAUGCUAGAAACAUUAUUUUAUUCUCAUUCUCAAUCAGAAGAUCAGAAGAACUGGAAGCACGGAAGGAUGAAAUAUUUCACUUGUAUGGGAAGCCUCCAGAUGGAUGGAUUAGAGGGAUGUCUGUGCAAAUAAGCAAAACCGAGAGCCUACCCAGUAAUUACACUGUGCCUAUUAGCAGAAACACUUGUGUGGUCACAGAGGGGAAAGGUUCCAACGGAUUGCCAGCAACAACAAACACUCAAGAAAGAGGAGCGGCAACUGAUGCCACUUUGAACUCACAAACAAGUCCUAAUGGCAGGCGGGUUGCAGUAACAUCACCUCCUGUUGCCUCAGGGGGUACAAUAGCAAGACGUAUAUAUGGGACUAGUUACAGGGCAAAUGCACAUCGGCCAACUCUUGCAGUUCCUCCGGUACAGAGUCAGAGCACAAAUAGCAGGUGUGUUCCGGCUGUGGUCAUUCAAGCCCAACCUUUCGCAUCCCACCAGCUCAUGCAGGCCGUCGCUGCCCGCACAGGCCUUUCGAGCGCAGCAGCUCGAGCAAGCAGACCCAGUCUGCCCAUCAGGCCCAUGGUCAACACUGCCUCAACGACACCUCCCAGUGGCAAAGCAUCAGCAGCACAAAUCCAGGAAACUUCCAGUUGUAACGCUGCAGUGCGGGGAUGUGUACCAGUGUCGAAUUUUACACCAUCACACUGUCAAGAUGAGGACAGAAGCAGCCUGAACCAGGCUCAGACUGGUCUUGGAGCUUCUGUGCCUCAAUGUGCAGCUUCAUCCACAAGACCUAAAUUCCAGGCUGCCACAAAAUCAGUAAAGCCGGAACAGGUCACAGAGGAACCAGUUCUACAAGAAACCCUUGCCCCCAUCGUUUCUCACAACAGAGCUGGUUCAUGUCCAACAGGAACUGAGGAGAAGGUUCAGAUGGUACACAAAAAGACAGGCUCCUGGGAUUCUUGUUAUCGUUGCACCCCUCCAUCUCCCCUGCACAGCUCCGCUGUGGAAGAGUGUCCAAUAUCAUCACAAACUCAUUCAAUGUGCUUCAAUAGAUGUCGAGCCGUCCUUUCUUAUCCAGCCCAAGGAGAGGUGGAACUCGGUCUGGAGCAGGGGGACAUUGUUCUAGUGCACAGGAAACGCCAGGACGGCUGGUUCCAAGGGACACACACGGAGAGUGGGAAGACAGGUCUUUUCCCAGGAAGCUUUGUAGAAAGUUUACAAUGAGGUUGAAAUCAAAAAAUUGCUUGAAAUUGAAAGGAAGUGGAAUUUUCUCAAUAAGGCAGCUUGGCCCAAACUCGGUGUAUGGUGAUGUUGCCAAUGAGUUUUCACACACAAUGUACUUAAACACGUGCAGUAAUCUACAGGUUCUGGGAAGAAUCAUAAUUAACUAUUUUCCA